AUGGCUAAAGUUUCAAUUCUCUUCCCUCUUUUCUGUCCCAUCUUGACUUAUUUCUUCACUAUUUCCCCAUCUGCAUCAUUGUCAUUAAUUUUCGUCUCGGCUUUUAUUCGAUACAUCGUCGCCGGGAUUCUCAAUUUCCCCUCGGCUCUCUCUCUACGCCUCUCUACAUCAAGCCAAUCGAGGCUACAGAGCAAAUUUCUUCUGAGAAGAAAAACGUCGCUUUCUUCCAAACUUGCACAGCAGGGACGAACACGAGACUAA